CAUCUUUCCAACAGUUGCAACGUCAACAUUUUUCACACCAUUCAAACUGUUCUGUCGUUGGAGAGGUUCAGUUCUCAAACUUCUAUGGAAGGAUUUAAUUAUUUAUUGGUCACUCUUCUAUUUAUUGAAAUGUUUAUACAUAAUUCUCCCAUCAGAUGCUGAAAGAGAAGUUUUUAAGAACAUUUCCAAUUACUUUUUCGUGUUUAAAGACAAAAUUCCGAUUGCUUUCAUACUUGGAUUCUUUGUCACAAAUGUCAUGACGAGAUGGUGGGAUCAAUAUAUGUCAAUUCCAUGGCCAUACUCAAUCGCUGUUUAUGUUUCAAGUACAGUGCAAGGAUACGAUGAAGUUGGUCGUGCAAUGCGAAGAACUAUUAUGCGGUACGUUUGCUUAAGCCUCACGAUGGUUCUUCGAGUUCUCUCACCACGAGUUAAAAAUCGAUUUCCUAAAAUGAAUGACUUGAUUGGGGCUGGUUUACUAAACACCAACGAGCUUGAAAUAAUCGAACAAUUGGACAGCAAAUUUCCUUAUUACAGUAAGAAUUUCUUACCAAUUGUUUGGGCUGCCAGCUUAGUGAAUCGUGCACGUGAUGAAGGAAGGAUUAAAGACGACUAUGCAGUGAAAACUUUGAUUGAAGAACUGAAUAAAAUUCGUUCAGGAUGUGGCAAUUUGAUGAUAUACAACAGCAUUUGCAUUCCUUUGGUUUACACUCAAAUCGUGACAGUUGCCGUCUAUUCACAAUGUCUUGCUUCUUUAAUGGGCUAUCAAUUUAUACGCAUUGAAGAUCCAAACACACAUGACGAUAACUUCUUGCUAAAUUUUUUUCCAAUUUUCAUAACGAUGAAAUUUAUUUUUUACAUGGGUUGGUUGAAAGUCGCUGAAACGAUGUUGAAUCCCUUCGGUAAUGAUGACGACGAUUUUGAUGUGAGUUAUUUAGUUGAUCGGAAUCUUCAAAUGUCAUAUUUGAUUGUUGACUACAUGCACAAAGAUCACCCGGAAUUGUUGAAAGAUCAAUAUUGGUUUGAGAUUCCAAAGUCAUUGCCAGAUCAAGGAAAGCCCACAAAUGUGGAAAUUCCUCGAGAACAAACUGACACUUUCAACAUUGAGAAUAAACAAUUAACACAGAAAGUGUCACUUAAUCGAAUCUCUGAGGAUAAGAAAGCUUCCAACUAUUCAGUGACAAAUACCAAAUCAGUCACUAACACCAAAUCAGUGACAUUCGACCCAAAAUUGAUUCCACAACCUGAGGUCAUCGAUGAAACUUAUUUGUUGAAGAUUCCGGGCGUGGAAGAGAAACAAAGUUCAAUUGAACUUGCAACAGUUAAACUAUUUUCACUUGUUAAACUUCUUUUAUUCCGUUGGCGAGGGUCAGUGCUUAGACUUUUAUGGACACAUUUGUUAGCUUUUUCUAUUUUGUAUUUAGCAACGAUGAUGAUUUUCCUAACAAUACUCACAAAGGAUACACGAAACGAGCUUCAAAAAUAUGCCAGUUAUGUGCAAAUGUAUGAAGAUGAGAUUCCAAUUACAUUGAUGCUUGGCUUCUUUGUUGGAAACGUAAUGAUUCGAUGGUUUGAUCAAUAUAUGGCAAUUCCAUGGCCUUAUUCCAUCGCUGUUCUCGUAUCUUCCAACAUUCAAGGAUACGACGAGGUUGGUCGUGCAAUGCGAAGAACCAUCAUGCGUUACGUCUGUUUAAGUCUCACGAUGGUGUUUCGUGUUCUCUCACCGCGUGUCAAAGAACGUUUUCCCAAAAUGAAAGACUUAAUCGAUGCUGGACUUCUAUACGAGAAUGAAUUGAAAAUAAUUGAAGAAUUAGAUGCAAAAUUUCCACUCUAUAGUAAAAAUUUUCUGCCAAUUGUGUGGGCGUCGUCGCUUGUCAAUCGCGCUCGUGAUGAAGGUCGGAUUAGAGAUAACAUCACAGCAAUGACGUUGAUCCAAGAACUUAAUAAAUUUCGAUCAUCUUGUGGUACUUUGACGGUCUAUAACAGAGUUUGCAUUCCUUUAGUGUACACACAACUCGUCAUCAUCGCCAUUUAUUCAAAGUUCAUCGUUCACAUUUUACUCGACCAAAUUCUUUUAGUCAAUAAAAAGGAAAAUGCUUUCGAAUAUGUUCCUGAAAGUUCAUUUUUCCAAUUCAUUAUUUACAUGGGUUGGUUGAAAGUCGCUGAAACGAUGUUGAACCCCUUCGGGAAAGAUGACGACGAUUUUGAAGUGAAUUACAUGAUUGAUCGGAACCUUCAAAUGUCUUAUUUGAUUGUUGAUGAUAUGCACAAUGAUCACCCGUUGCUGUUGAAAGAUCAAUAUUGGAAUGAGAUGCCUGAAGCCAAUGAUGAGAACGUAAUGAAAUCAAGCGAACCGGUUGACACUUUUAAUGUUGCAUCAGGAAAGUCGACAGAAGUCUCUAAAAAACAAUCAACAGAUGUAGAAGCAGAUCAAAGAAUAAAUGGAAGUGAGUUGAGUCAAUCACGUUUUGAUUUAAUUCCUCAAGCUUCAACCAUCGACAAAUCAUACAUAGAAAGGAUUAAGAAGCAAAGUAUUAUAUUUUCUUAUAAUAAGUCAAAGACAAACAUUAAUCAAACAUUUCAAUCGUUCGAAGAUGAAUCUGACUUCGAUCCUAAUGAAGAAGAUUCCAACUUGAUUCUUAUUUCAAUUUUGUA